CGGCGGCGCGCUCGAGUCCUCCCGCUCAGCUCGCCUUCUGAGCUGGACUGGGCUAGCCCUUCGGCCCACUACUCUGCAUCGCGGGCGCCAGGAAUGUCCCGAGUCCCGAGCGGGUUGCUGCUUUUGCUAAGAGAGCACCCAUGACCCUGAUGGUGUUUCCAUUCACGAUAAAGGGCUCUAUUGCCUUUUUGGAUUAACCGAACAAAUUCAGUUGACAAUUUUAGUGACCCAGAUUCAAGCAGUAAUAUCUUGCAUUGGAGAUAUGUGAUUUCAUCAGCUUCUUAUGUUGUAGGGGAAGAAAGGAUGCAGCGUCCAUGAAGCACAUGACAGUAAAGCUUCCUACUCAUACCACCAGGAGGAUCUCUUGGAAAGAGUCAACACAGGACUACCAGAGAAACUAAAUUGUCUGAAGCAUCAUGUGUUGAAACAACAGAAGGCUACUACCUUUGCACUGGCUAGAAUAGUGACGAUGUUUUCAAUUCUUUAAGCUCCAAGAAUCCAGGGGAGUGAGCUGAAACUCUGAAAAAUGCGGCCAUGGACUGGUUCCUGGCGUUGGAUUAUGCUCAUUCUUUUUGCCUGGGGAACCUUGCUGUUUUAUAUAGGUGGUCACUUAGUACGAGAUAAUGACCACCCUGAUCACUCUAGCCGAGAACUGUCCAAGAUUUUGGCAAAACUUGAACGCUUAAAACAGCAAAAUGAAGACCUGAGGCGAAUGGCUGAAUCUCUCCGAAUACCAGAAGGCCCCAUUGAUCAGGGGCCAGCUUCAGGAAGGGUUCGUGCUUUAGAAGAGCAGCUUGUGAAGGCCAAAGAACAGAUUGAAAAUUGUAAGAAACAAACUAGAAAUGGUCUGGGGAAGGAUCAUGAAAUCCUAAGGAGGAGGAUUGAAAAUGGAGCUAAAGAGCUCUGGUUUUUUCUACAAAGUGAGUUGAAGAAAUUAAAGAAUUUAGAAGGAAGUGAACUCCAAAGACAUGCAGAUGAAUUUCUGUCAGAUUUGGGACAUCAUGAAAGGUCUAUAAUGACGGAUUUAUACUACCUCAGUCAAACAGAUGGAGCAGGUGAUUGGCGGGAAAAAGAGGCCAAAGAUCUGACAGAGCUGGUCCAGCGGAGAAUAACAUAUCUUCAGAACCCCAAGGACUGCAGCAAAGCCAAGAAGCUCGUGUGUAAUAUCAACAAAGGCUGUGGCUAUGGCUGUCAACUCCAUCAUGUGGUCUACUGCUUCAUGAUUGCAUAUGGGACACAGCGAACACUCAUCUUGGAAUCUCACAAUUGGCGCUAUGCUACUGGAGGAUGGGAAACUGUGUUUAGACCUGUGAGUGAGACCUGCACAGACAGAUCUGGCAUCUCCACUGGGCAUUGGUCAGGUGAAGUAAAGGACAAAAACGUUCAGGUGGUCGAGCUCCCCAUUGUAGACAGUCUUCAUCCUCGUCCUCCAUAUCUACCCCUGGCUGUACCAGAAGACCUUGCAGAUCGACUUGUACGAGUCCAUGGUGAUCCUGCAGUGUGGUGGGUGUCCCAGUUUGUCAAAUACUUGAUCCGCCCACAACCUUGGCUGGAAAAGGAAAUAGAAGAGGCUACCAAGAAGCUAGGCUUCAAGCAUCCAGUUAUUGGAGUCCAUGUCAGACGCACAGACAAAGUGGGAACAGAAGCAGCCUUCCAUCCCAUUGAGGAAUACAUGGUGCAUGUUGAAGAACAUUUUCAGCUUCUUGCUCGCAGAAUGCAAGUGGACAAAAAAAGAGUGUAUUUGGCCACAGAUGACCCUUCUUUAUUAAAGGAGGCAAAAACAAAGUACCCCAAUUAUGAAUUUAUUAGUGAUAACUCUAUCUCUUGGUCAGCUGGACUGCAUAAUCGAUACACAGAAAAUUCACUUCGAGGUGUGAUCCUGGACAUACACUUUCUCUCCCAAGCAGACUUCCUAGUGUGUACUUUUUCAUCCCAGGUCUGUCGAGUUGCUUAUGAAAUCAUGCAAACCCUGCAUCCCGAUGCCUCUGCAAACUUCCAUUCUUUGGAUGACAUCUACUAUUUUGGAGGCCAGAAUGCCCACAACCAGAUUGCCAUUUAUCCUCACCAACCUCGAACUGCAGAUGAAAUCCCCAUGGAACCCGGAGAUAUCAUUGGUGUGGCUGGAAAUCAUUGGGACGGCUAUUCUAAAGGUGUCAACAGAAAACUGGGAAGGACGGGCCUAUAUCCCUCCUACAAAGUUCGAGAGAAGAUAGAAACAGUCAAGUACCCCACAUAUCCCGAGGCUGAGAAAUAAAGAUGGACAAGAAAGACAACCAAACUCAGUUCAAACCAUUUGAGCCAAACAGUAGAUGAAGAAGGCCCAAGCCUAACAACUUGUGGUUAAAUGAGUCAACACCUUCCGCACCAGGAGCAGCUGGGAUCUGACAGAUGCUUCACUGGUGGAAUUCCUCUUUAACAAGGGCUACAGUGCCCUCAAACCCAUGCACAGUCAAUAAUGUACUCACGUAUAACAUGCAAACAGGUUGUUUUCUACUUUACCCCUUCUUUCAAGAUUAUGUCCCCAUGAAACAAACACUGCCACAUUGUGUAAUUUAAGUGACACAGACAUUUUGUGUGAGACUUCAAACAUGGUGCCUAUAUCUGAAAGACCUAUGUGAUCUAAUGAGAUAACUUGAAUAGCUCCCUCCUGUGGGGAGCUUGAUUCUUAGCCAGUGGUGGUAUUGUAACCACUGAAUUCACUCCAAUCAACAGAUUCAGAAUGAGAAUGGAUGUUUUUGUCUGGAAUUUUUUUUUUAAGUAAUUGCACCAGUUCAUCCACCUCUUCAUUAAUAAGUGAAGGAUACAACAGAAAAUAAAAUAUUCACACUCCAUUAGGAACUUUUGUAAAACAAUGCCAUGAACAGAUUCUUUAGUACUCAAUGUUUCUGGACAUUCUCUUUGAUAACAAAAAAUAAAUUUUAAAGAGGAA